CACCCCGCGCGCAGGGAGGGGCGGGCGGAAGGGCGGCGCUGGCAGCGGGAGAUGGCGGCAGCGGCGGCAGCGGCGGAGCGCGCGUGCGAGGCGGCGGAGACCGAGUCGCACCUCAGCAAAAAUGAGCUGAAGAGACGUUUAAAGGCUGAGAGAAAAAUAGCUGAAAAAGAGGCAAAGCAGAAAGAGCAAAGUGAAAAGGAUUUAAAAAAGCCUUCCUUGACUUCUGAGAAUAAUGCUGGAGCUGAUGAGGAAAGCUUGGAUCCAAAUCAAUACUUCAAGAUUCGUAGCCAUGCAAUCCAGCAGCUGAAGGGCACCAACGAAGAUCCCUAUCCCCACAAGUUCCGUGUAGACUUAUCUCUCUCAGAUUUUAUAGACAAGUACAGUCACCUGCAGCCAGGAGAUCACCUGACAGGCAUUACAGUGAGAGUGGCAGGUCGAAUCCAUGCAAAGCGUGCCUCUGGAGGGAAACUGAUUUUCUAUGAUCUUCGUGGUGAAGGAGUCAAGUUGCAGGUCAUGGCAAAUUCCAGCUUCUACAAAUCCGAGGAAGAGUAUUUCCGUGUUAACAACAAGCUACGUCGUGGGGACAUUGUUGGUGUAGAGGGGAAUCCUGGGAAAACAAAGAAAGGGGAACUGAGUAUUAUUCCUUAUGAAAUCACUCUGUUGUCUCCAUGCCUGCACAUGUUGCCUCAUCUUCACUUUGGCCUCAAAGAUAAGGAAACUAGGUAUCGUCAGAGAUACUUGGAUUUAAUUCUUAAUGGUUAUGUGAGGCAGAAAUUUAUAACUCGUGCAAAGAUCAUCACUUACCUUCGGAGCUUUCUAGAUGAGUUGGGCUUCCUUGAGAUUGAAACUCCUAUGAUGAAUAUAAUUCCAGGUGGAGCUGUGGCAAGACCAUUUAUCACAUACCACAAUGAAUUGGAAAUGAAUUUGUAUAUGAGAAUUGCUCCAGAGCUUUACCAUAAGAUGUUGGUGGUUGGAGGUCUGGACAGAGUAUAUGAAAUCGGGCGGCAGUUCCGGAAUGAAGGAAUCGAUUUGACUCACAAUCCUGAGUUCACGACUUGUGAAUUCUACAUGGCUUAUGCAGACUACCAUGACUUGAUGGACAUUACAGAGAAGUUGCUUUCAGGGAUGGUGAAACAUAUUACUGGGAGUUACAAGAUCACUUAUCAUCCAGAUGGUCCAGAUGGACAGGCCUACGAGAUAGAUUUUACACCUCCCUUCCGGCGAAUCAGCAUGGUCUAUGAUCUGGAAAAGGCCCUGGGAGUGAAAUUUCCACCAACUGAGCAUUUUGAAACUGAAGAAACUCGCAAGUUCUUUGAUAAUCUUUGUGCAGAGAGAGACAUUGAAUGUCCACCUCCCAGGACAACAGCCAGGCUUCUUGACAAAUUAGUUGGUGAAUUCCUGGAAGUCACAUGUAUCAACCCUACAUUCAUCUGUGAUCACCCACAGGUCAUGAGUCCUCUUGCCAAAUGGCAUCGCUCCCAUGCAGGACUGACCGAACGCUUCGAACUCUUUGUGAUGAAGAAGGAAGUGUGCAAUGCGUACACAGAGCUCAACGAUCCCGUCCGACAGCGGGAACUCUUUGAGGAUCAGGCCAAGGCAAAAGCUGCAGGUGAUGAUGAAGCCAUGUUUAUUGAUGAAAACUUCUGCACCGCCCUGGAGUACGGCCUUCCUCCUACAGCCGGCUGGGGCAUGGGAAUUGAUCGCUUGACCAUGUUCCUUACAGACUCCAAUAACAUCAAGGAGGUGCUGCUCUUCCCUGCCAUGAAGCCAGAGGACAACAAGAAGGAGGCACAGCCUGAGCCCCCCGCCGAAGGCACCUCUGUGUGAGGCUCCAGACCGCCGUGGGCACCUCUGUGUGAGCACGGGGUGGCGCAGACGUAAAUAAAGGCAAUGCUCUUUGCACCCUGAAAAA